AUGGAUACAGGGAAUGCAUCGUAUCCUCCUUUGGGAAUGAGCUCUAUGACUUCGCAAAUGGCACCAAUUCGAGACGUAUGGGCAACAAAUCUGGAACAAGAAAUGACUUUGAUCAUGAACUUGGCCUCGCGUUAUCCCGUAAUCUCUAUGGAUACAGAGUUUCCAGGUGUUGUGGCCCGGCCUUUGGGAGUUUUCAAGAGUAGCGGAGAUUACCAUUACCAAACGCUACGGGCAAACGUAGACACUUUAAAAAUCAUUCAAAUUGGAUUGGCUCUGAGUGAUGAGGAAGGAAAUGUUCCCCCGGAAGCAUUCACUUGGCAGUUCAACUUUCGGUUUAAUAUUCAGGAAGAUAUGUAUGCUCCGGAAAGUAUUGAGCUUCUCACGAAAAGCGGAAUUGAUUUUAAAAAGCACCAAGAUGCAGGAAUUGAGCCUGCCGAUUUUGCUGAGCUACUGAUUGGAAGCGGUCUUGUUCUUCAGGAAGGUAUCACUUGGGUUACCUUUCACAGUGGGUACGACUUUGCAUAUUUGUUGAAGGCCAUGACCCAGUUGUCUUUGCCCAGUGAGUACGAAGAAUUUUAUAAAUUUUUAUGUAUUUACUUCCCUAAAACCUAUGACAUUAAAUAUAUUAUGAAGUCGCUUCUCAAUAAUUCGAAAGGCCUUCAGGAUAUUGCUGAUGAUUUACAAAUCAACCGUAUAGGUCCUCAACACCAGGCUGGUAGUGAUGCUUUGCUUACCUCUAGAAUUUUCUUUGAAAUUCGCUCUCGGUAUUUCGACGGCAGUAUCGACGGUCGAAUGCAAAAUCAGCUAUAUGGUUUAGGUACUUCUGGCAGUUCUUUGUGGAUGAAUACCCCGAAACCUCAAUUCCGCGAUCUGCCAGGAGCUCAGCCUAGUCCUAAGCCCACUGCUCCUAGUAUCUCUUCUACUUUUGCCAAUCCGCCUGCUUCGGUUUCUCUCAGCAAUUCUAGUUUCCGCUUCCCUCCUCGAGUCAUAUAG